CAGGACUUNCAGGCGUGGAUCAGGGGCCCAAGCGAACGCGAGGACCCAGCGUGGGCCGAGAUCGGGCGGUUGGUGGUCGCCUCUGACCAAGUGUCCUGCUGGAAGAGGCAGCCAAGGGAAGGUGCCAGAGCAGAGGCGCACGAGAGAGCUAUUGAAAGGGAUCGCUUUACUUUUGUCAGGUGGAAGAAGAGUCUAGUUUGGUGAAGGAGCACUAUACCGCGCCAGGACAGUGCUCCUGGUUGCUCCUCUUUUAUGCUCUCGGAGAAGAAUGGAGGGCAGUGGGAAGCUCGCAAUGGUAGAGGAUGCUGUGGAGUACCAUCUCUUCCUGAUACCAGAUAAAGCCAGAGGCACAGAAGAGCACAGAGACAUUCUUCAGAAGUACAUUGAACGGAUAAUGACCCAGUUCGCACCCAUACUGGUCCCUUAUAUCUGGCAGAAUCAGCCUUUCAAUCUCAAAUACAAGCCUGCAAAAGGAGGUGUUCCUGCUCAUAUUUAUGGUAUGACAAAGUUUGGAGAUAACAUUGAAGAUGAAUGGUUUAUUGUUUAUGUAAUAAAGCAGAUUACACAGGAAUUUCCAGAGUUAGUGGCAAGGAUUGAAGACAAUGAUGGUGAGUUCCUGUUAAUAGAAGCGGCCGACUUUCUCCCUAAGUGGUUGGAUCCUGAUAACAGUGCCAAUAGGGUGUUUUUUCAUCAUGGGGAGCUGUGCAUUAUUCCUGUGCCAAGGAAAUCUGAAAGGAUGUCCUGGUUACCCAUGACACCACCAACAAUCCAGCAAGCGUUGAGUAUAAUCUCAGCACACCCAGAAGCUGUUCUGGCUUCAGAAUCUAUACAAGCUGCUGUGGACAGGCGCAUCAGUGGGUACCCAGAAAGGAUUGAAGCCUCCCUCCAUCGAGCACACUGCUUCCUUCCAGCCGGCAUUGUGGCGGUGCUCAAGCAACGGCCCAGGCUGCUGUCGGCAGCUGUCCAGGCCUUCUACCUACGGGACCCCAUUGACCUGAGAGCCUGUCGAGUCUUCAAGACAUUUUUGCCUGAAACACGAAUAAUGGCCUCAGUCACUUUCACAAAAUGUCUGUACGCACAGCUGGUACAACAGAAGUUUGUGCCAGACCGGCGGAGUGGAUACGGACUCCCACCUCCAUCACAUCCCCAGUACCGAGCCUAUGAGCUGGGCAUGAAGUUGGCUCAUGGAUUUGAGAUUUUGUGCUCCAAAUGUAGCCCACAUUUUUCUGACUCCAGGAAGUCCCUUGUGACUGCUUCACCGCUCUGGGCCAGCUUCCUUGAAAGUCUGAAAAGGAAUGAUUACUUCAAGGGACUGAUGGAAGGGUCUGCGCAAUACCAGGAGAGACUAGAAAUGGCAAAGAACUAUUUUCAGCUCUCUAUACACCGGCCAGAAAGAGACCCUUCGGAAGCUCCAAUCACUUUUGAUGCAGAUUCUUUUCUGAAUUAUUUUGAUAAGAUUUUAGGGGCACAGCCUCAGGAGUCAGACUCUGAUGACCCGGGUGAAGACGACUUGGACUGUUUAGACAGUGAUGAUGACUUGGGCUUUGAGGCUCAGGAGUCUGAGUCUAUGAAAGGAGCUCUUGGCAGUCUCAAGUCCUACAUGGCCCAGAUGGACCAGGAACUGGCACACACCAGCAUGGGCAGAAGCUUCACCACCCGGAAGCGAUUGAAUAAGGACCCUCCAUCCCAGACUGCAAAUGACAAUUCAGAUGAGGAAGAUUCUGGUGCAGGAGAUUGCGCUGUUGAAGCAGUGGAUGUAGACCUGAACCUGGUUUCAAAUAUACUGGAAUCCUACAGCUCCCAAGCUGGCCUGGCAGGACCUGCUUCCAAUCUGUUACACAGCAUGGGUGUGCGACUGCCCGAGAAUGCUGAUCACAGCCCCCAAGUCAGCCAGUGAAGGACUAGCUUGCACAUCAGCUGCCCCUCUCACGAAUACACAGGAGUCCAAGUGUGUUCAUUCUAAUCGACUCUUCAUAAGAGCAUCUUCUGUGCAGGUUUCAGAGUCCCCAGGCCACCCUCUCCCAUGUCCUGUGACCUGGAUACCGGUUCUCAUGAGCUUGUUUGAUUUGUUUUAAAUUUUCCCAGGAUGGAGUCUCCGUGGUAGUUUAGUAAAAUACUGUGCUGUUGGUGUAAUUCUGAAUAUUCAGUUUCUCCCUUAGGUAUGUUCCUCCUUGGGUCAGAAUUCUAAGCUGGCAAAAAUCCCAUUUCAUUCACUUUUUAAUGAAAUAGAAAGUGCUAAAACUUA